AGCAGGACAGCAGCAAUGACGUCUCUCAUUUUCCAUCCUGGAGCAUCGCGUCUUUGGGGGGUAUUAUCUAACUGUUAACCGAGCGUUGAGCUGAAUACAAUUUGUGAUAAUUAUCCAACAACACUGAAGUGAAAGAUGCAGAUAUGAGUGCAGAGGAGGAGCCAGAGUAUCAGACACCGCCCACCAGCGAUCUGCUCAGCCUUCUGCUGAAGAACAGACGCCCCACUGGAGCUGUCAACGAGGUUUGGCCCAACCUCUACAUCGGAGAUGCGGCUACUGCUCAGCAUAAAUCCCUGUUAGUGGGUCUGGGCAUAACGCAUGUGGUGAACGCUGCAGAUGGCCCCCAGCACAUCGACACUGGGCCACGAUUCUACGAAGACACCAGCAUACGGUAUCACGGAGUAGAAGCACCAGACUGUAAAGAUUUUGACUUGAGCCCAUUCUUCGCUGAGACGGCUGAUUUCAUUCAUGCUGCUCUGAAGCAGAAAGGUAAGGUGCUCGUCCACUGUGCACGAGGAAUCAGCCGCUCAGCGACUCUAGCUCUGGCCUUCCUCAUGAUCAGAGAGAGACUCACCCUCGUUGAGGCUGCGGCGGCUGUUCGCAGGCACAGAAACAUUCUUCCAAAUGUUGGAUUUCUGAAUCAACUCUGUGUCUUGGACUCUUCUUUGGCCCUGCAGAGGAAAACAACACCACAACGUGAAGAAGUGGAGAAAUAAGAAAAAGGGAAUUUCCUCCAUAAGGAUUUUUUUGAUUUCUUUAAUACAAUUCGCCUAUUCUUUAUGUAACAGCUAAACAUGGCUGCUAGGUUUUUGAAAAUGUUUUUUACCUUCAAGCCAGCCAUGGUUUCAUAAUGAAAAGACAUUUUGUGUUAUCAUUGCAUUGUAAUGCAGUUUGAGUGCAGAUUCAAUUGAGAGGUCUGCACCGUAUUACUACACAACAAUAACUGCCAAACAAAAAUAAACAUAGACUUGAUCUUCAGUGUGGAUUACAAAAUGUAUGAAAGUUUUAAGAGCCUGUUAAAGAGAGCUGUAGAAUUGAUUCAUCCUUAAGACUUGUGACUUGACUUUGUCUCCAAUGACAUCAAAUACAUCUAGAACUGUACCAGGAUUCAUGCAUUCAUUUUAAAAACUGUCAGCAAAAAUGUAAAGUGUGCAUGAU